AUGAAAUUCUUAACAACUGCCGCUACUUUAACUGCUGCUUCUAUCCUAGGUUCUACCGCAUUGGCUGCUGCCAUGCCAGACUUGAAAGACUGUACUACCACUGCUCAAGGUAACCACCAACACAAGAGAGCUGUCGCUGUUGAGUACGUCUACGAAACUGUUAUCGUCGAUGACCAAGGUCACACUUUGAACGUCCCACCAGUCAAGAACGAUGCUGCUUCCCCAACCCAAGCUCCAAAGCAGUCUACUCAAACACCAGCUGCUGCUCCAUCCACUUCUACUUUGGCUCCUGCUUCCUCAAGCUCUCCUUCUCCAGCUAAGAAGGCUGACUCCACCACUUCCACUUUGGCUCCAUCAUCAUCAUCAUCUCCAUCUCCAUCUCCAUCUUCAUCCUCUUCCUCCUCUUCUUCUUCCCAACAAUCUAAGCCAUCCUCUUCCACCUCUUCCUCUUCCUCUUACAGUGGUGGUAUCUACGGUGACUUGGCUGCUUUCUCUGGUCCAAGCGAGAAGUUCCAAGACGGUGUCAUCCCAUGUUCCCAAUUCCCAGCCGGUCAAGGUGUUAUCCCAAUCAGCUGGUUAGGUGAAAACGGCUGGUCUGGUGUUGAAAACAGUGACACUUCCACUGGUGGUGACUGUAAGGAAGGUUCUUACUGUUCUUACGCUUGUCAACCAGGUAUGUCCAAGACCCAAUGGCCAUCUUCUCAACCUGCUGAUGGUAGAUCCAUUGGUGGUUUGCUAUGUAAGAACGGUUACUUGUACCGUUCCAACACCAACGCUGACUACUUGUGUGAAUGGGGUGUUAACUCUGCUGAAGUUGAAUCCAAGUUGAGCCAAGGUGUUGCUAUCUGUAGAACUGACUACCCAGGUACCGAAAACAUGGUUAUCCCAACUUUCGUCCAAGCUGGUGCCACUUUGCCAUUGACUGUUGUCAACCAAGACACCUACUACCAAUGGCAAGGUAUGAAGACCUCCGCACAAUACUACGUUAACAACGCUGGUAUCUCCGUCGAAGACGGUUGUGUCUGGGGUAACGCUGGUUCCGGUCUAGGUAACUGGGCUCCAUUGAACUUCGGUGCUGGUUACACUAACGGUAUUACUUACUUGUCCUUGAUUCCAAAUCCAAACAACAAGGCUCCAUUGAACUACAACGUCAAGAUUGUUGCUGCUGAUGACUCUUCCGUCGUCAACGGUGAAUGUUCCUACGAAAAUGGUGUCUACAGUGGUGGUGCCGAUGGUUGUACCGUUGCUGUCAGAUCUGGUAAGGCUAAGUUUGUCUUAUACUAA